GAUGAGUUUGCUCUGCUCUUCCAGUAUAAAGCUAUAUACCUUGUGGAAGAGCUCCUGAGCCCCAUCAUUACACCAUUCAUUCUUUGCUUUUGUCUGAGGAAAAAAUCACUAGAAAUUGUUGAUUUUUUUCGGAACUUCACAGUGGAGGUUGUUGGGGUUGGUGAUGUCUGCUCCUUUGCUCAGAUGGACAUUAGGAAACAUGGAAACCCACAGUGGGUUGCUGAGACUGAGACACCCGUCAGCAAGUACCAGCAGGCAGAGGAUGGCAAGACAGAACUUAGCCUGAUGCAUUUUCAUCUUACAAAUCCUGAAUGGAAACUUCCAGACAACUGCAGUGUUUUUGUAAACACAAUAAAAGAACAAGCCCAGAAGGAUGUGGCUUCACUCAGUGUAAUGCAGCAGGAAAAUGCAGCAUUUUCCUCAUUGUACAGCCCAAUGCCAAGUCUAGGCAUUGGUGUCGGUUAUGGGUUCAGCAACAUGGUGACAAGUAAUGCUACUCAGAGCACAAUGACCACUCCUGGACCUUCGCACCCAGUACAACUUCCUGCUCGUCUUCGGGGAGCGCUCACCAGCAUAGAUGGACCUCUCUAUACCUCAAGUAUGGGCAGCUUACAGAGCUCUUCAGAUCUUCUCAGUAGUGGACUAAGUGCAAUUGCCUCAUCCCGUUUUGUUGAUGAGGGUACACGGGAGUUGAUGUCAGCUGAUAUGAGUUUCAGUGCAUUGUAUAUGCAUGAAAUGAGAAAUAGACGUACAAGGACCAGUGAAAAUUUGGAAGAUAUUCGUACCCGUGUUCAGUGGCAGCGACAGGACAGCAAUACACCCCAUAAUUCCCCUCAUACACCUUCUAUGCCUGAAAUAGUGGAAAGGCCAGUGGAGGAAGAAAAGGAAAUUGAUACGAGUGCUUUUAAUGAGCAGCACAGGAUUACCAAGUCAUGCUGAGAACAUCAUCAAAAUUGAAAAGAUGUGGGUCAUAAAGAAAGAUGAGAAGCCAAUUUAUUGGCACUUGAUAUUAUUUAUUUAUUGAUGUCAAUUUGUAUCUGCAUAAGAAGAUAAGUUUGAUGAACAGUAUCAAAACCAUAACUUGAUGUUGAUAUGAAGAAAUAUAACAAUAUGAAAAUAAUAUGGUCCACAUAGAAGAGCAGUAUGUGCCAUGUUCAGUCAAAGUUGAGGAACUGUCUGUAGCUUUCUUAAUGAUAUGUAAAAAGAUAUUUUUUACUUUCGCCCUUCAGUCAAGAAUUGUUAAUGUCAGAUACUGUGUGAUGUGUUAUAUUCUAAUGCUUUGAAAGAACUUUUGUGUAUGUUUGGACCAAUUAUAUCUGAUGAAAGUUU